AUGACAGCACAGGAAACUGAUGUUUUAAUCGUAGGAGGAGGACCAACGGGGGUGACAUUAGCGCUCGAGUUAGCUGUUCAUAAGAUACCGUUCCGCAUCGUCGACAGGGAAUUACAAAGAUCGGAUAAGUCUAGGGCUCUGGGUAUUCAACCACGCACCCUAGAACUUUUAAAUCGACAUGGCGACGUUCGUAAACUCGUAUCACAAGGCAAUCUAAGCAGCGGCACUACAUUCUAUCUUAACGGAAAGAAGGCGGCGGACAUUGAUAUAUCGGGUCUUAUAGAAGACUCGGUGUUCCCCCUAAUCCUCAUUAUCUCUCAGUGCGAAACAGAGGCGUUCCUGGACGGAUGUCUUGCGAAGCAUGGUUUCGCUGUCGAGCGAGGUCUCGAAGCAACGUCCAUCGUUCAAGAUCCCACUGGAGUCACCGCGAAACUAAGCGAUCCAGAUGGUGUUGAAGAGACUGUCCGCGCAAAAUACGUCAUUGGUGCUGAUGGAGCACACAGCAGCGUGCGACGUGCUGCCGAGGGUCUUACAUUUCAGGGCGCGGCUUACCCACAAGACUUCAUCCUCUGCGAUGCCCAUGUAAGGAACUCCAAACUAGCCUGGAACCGAUUUUCUCUUUGUCUGGGUAGGGGCUCUCUUGCUGUGUUCCCGCUGAAAGACGGCACAUGUCGUGUUGUAGUGUCCCGCAUAAACCCUAGGGUGGAUGUUGAGCCAACACUAGAAGACUUUCAAGAAAUGUUGAACCAGCUUCAUCCAGAUGCGGGUGAACUGUAUGACCCUACUUGGAUCAGCCAGUUCCAUCUACACCAUAGGGGCGUGAACAGCUACCGCGACGGUCGUCUGUUCGUCGCGGGUGAUGCAGCACAUAUCCAUUCCCCCGCUGGAGCUCAAGGCAUGAACACCGGUAUGCAAGAUUCCAUAAACCUAGGAUGGAAGUUAGCGAAGGUGAUACAGGGCAAGCGACCAGAUUCAUUCCUCGAUAGCUACGACCACGAACGCCGUCCAAUCGGCCAACAUCUACUUGAAACUUCAGAUAAAAUGUUCACUUGGGGCUGUUCUACUAACCCCUUCUUUAUCUCCUUCCGCAAUGUUCUGUUCACAUGGGUCUUGCCCUGGUUUGUCAGCAGCCGGAAUCGUCGUGCUAAUAUCUUCAAGUUCAUAUCUGAAUUUGGUAUCAACUACAGAGAUAGCUCCGUGGUGGGUACAGCAUCGGGGUACUCGGGGCCGGUGUUAGGGGGCGAUCGUGCUCCGGACAGGAUGAUUAAGAGCGCGGGUAAGGAAAGGCAGUUCUUGGAGCUUAUCACGCCAGAUACGCAUCAUCUAGUGCUUUUCUCAGGGGUUGGUGAUGAUGCUAUUACGGAACAGGCUAUACUAGAAGUGCAGUCAGCUUUUGCGAAUAAAAACUCAGACGAAGCUAAGGUGCACUUGAUCCAUGAUGAAGCAGCCGGUGGACCUAAUGUUUCUGGGUAUAUUGAUGUUGGGAACCAUUUACAUGGUCAGUUUGGUUGUUCCAAACCUUCUUAUGUCUAUAUUCGACCGGAUGGUUAUAUAGAGCAUAUUGGGUUCCUAUCAGAGUUCCAGGUGCUAUUAGAAUGGCUUGAGGGAAAUUGCUUAAGUCCAAGGGACGGGUAG